AGCCCUCGCGUAUUUUCGCAGUCAAAACAAAACCUUUGUGCUCCAGACACGGACUUCUCGACGCGACGAGGAUUCCCAUUCCCAUCCAUCCUCCUCGUCCCAGCCAGCCAGGUAAAAGCCCCGCACCCACCGAUCGGUCAAUUCGCCCAACCGCAGGCGCAGCCCCACGCGGCCACGGCCACGCCGUCAGCGUCACUGCUGCCGCACCCGGACGUUGGCGUCGGAUCCCAAGCAAAGCAAAAGCCUACGCGCUGGUUCGCACCGUCAGGGCGGGCGGGCGGCGGGCGUCCGAACGCAGGCGCUUUAUUAGCGGAGCAAGGAAUUGAAUGGGCACGGCCGGUUUCUCGCCACGGUUUCUUCCACCACCACCUCUGCACGGUGGACUCGUCCCAUCCCGUCUGCCUGCCAUUCUCUCUCGUAACCGGGCCUGCCUGCUCCCGUGCGGCGUCUCUGCUGCCCUUGCGUGCUCUGGGCGUCCUCGGCGGCAUGGACCCCGCGUGGUGCGACCCUCGCCGGGGGUACGCCUACGGCUACGGCGUCGGCUCGGCGGCGCAGGCGCCGUCGGCGAGGCAGCAGCAGCCGCGGCAGGACGCGGCGGCCGGGGCGACCGGCGGGGUGCUGAAGAGGAGCCUGGCCGAGGUGGAGCGGUGGCAGCAGGCGCUGUACCUGCGCGCGGUGAGGCAGCGAGUCGCGGCGCAGGCGCAGGGCGCGCACCCGCCGAUCGACGUCGGGGCCGUGCUGGCGAGGGCCGCCUCGCGCGGCUCGGGUGGCUUUGCCGGGCUCUCGCCGCAGCCGUCGUCGACGCUCUCGUCGCUCACCACCGCGACACGCAUGGCGACGCCGCCGCCGGUGGCGAUGCAGCGACAGGUGGUGGCUGCGCCGCCCGCGCCCCUGCAGCCCGCUCAGGCGGUGCCUGGGGGACCGGCAGCUGCGAGGCCCGCGAAGGCAAGGGAGAUGGUGUUGCUGCAGGAGCUGGAGAAGCAGCUGCUGGGCGACGACGACAACGCCGAGGCAGAGGCGGAGGGGAGCGCGUGCGGCUCCACGGUCACCACCUCAGCGGGGGGAAACACGAUGCAGGAGCUCAACUCCAUCACCGCUGCGCCACUGCCGGCUCUUCCCAUGGCGAGCGCGACGAGCAACUACAACUCCGUGCCCGUAUCAAGGUCGCCGGCGAGCUCUGCCUCUUCGUCCACGGCUUCGUCCACAGCGUCCAGCUCGCCGCCGACCUCGGCGGCCUCGUUGCGGCAGCUCCUGUCCGAGGACGCCGCUGCCAUGGCCGACGGCGACCGCGCCACGGCCGCUGCUCACCUUGCGGCCCUGAAGACGGCUGCUAACCCGCGCGGCGACGCGGAGCAGAGGCUGGUGGCCAUGAUGGCGGCCGCCCUCUCCUCCCGCAACAGCCCGCCCUCGUCUCAACAGCUCGCGGACCUUUGCGGCGCCGAGCUGCGCGCGGCGUGCCAGCUCCUGCACGACGUCUCCCCCUGCUUCGGCCUUGCCCUCCACGGCGCCAACCUCGCCAUCCUCGACGCCGUGGCCGGCCAGCGCGUCAUCCACCUGAUCGACUUCGACGUCAGCCUCGCGCAGCACAUCGCCCUCAUCCACGCCCUCGCCAGCCGCCGCGUGGCGGGCAUCUGUCUCAAGGUCACGGCCGUCGCCGACCCGACGUCGCCGUUCACGCCGGCUCUGGCGCAGGCGCUCGCGGCCACCGGCCAGCGGCUCCAGAGGCACGCCCAGCAAGCCGGGCUGGAGUUCCGGUUCAACGCCGUCAGCUGCCGACCGAGCGAGGUCGACGCGUUGAGGCUCGGGUGCGAGCCCGGCGAGGCGGUGGCCGUGAACCUCGCGUUCGCGCUCUCGCGCGUCCCCGACGAGAGCGUGUCCCCGGCGAACCCGCGCGACGAGCUCCUCCGGCGCGUGCGCGCGCUGGGCCCGCGCGUGGUGGCGCUGGCGGAGCAGGAGCUGAACACGAACACGGCGCCGCUGGCGGCGCGGUUCGCCAACGCGUGCGCGCACUACGGCGCGGUGCUGGAGUCCCUGGACGCGACCCUGGCCCGCGACAGCGCGCAGAGGGCCCGCGCGGAGGCGGCUCUGGCCGGCAAGGUGGCCAACGCCGUGGCGCGGGAGGGGCCCGACCGGCUGGAGCGGUGCGAGGUGUUCGGCAAGUGGCGCGCCCGGUUCGGCAUGGCGGGGCUGCGGCCGCUGGCGAUCGGGCAGGGCGUCGCCGACCGCGUCAAGGCGCGGCUCGGCCACGCCCGCCCGGGGUUCGACGUGAAGCUGGAGAGCGGCCGGCUCGGGGUCGGGUGGAUGGGGCGCGUGGUCACCGUCGCCUCCGCCUGGCGUUAGCGUUUGCCUGCCUGGUGGCUGGUGGUGAGGUCAGCAGCGCCCGGUGACGGCAUUGUUUGUUACCAUCACCAAAUCCGUCAAGAAUCUGGACCAGCCGUUGGGCAUCCAAAGAUGCCUACGUACUUGUAAUCCCCCGAAUUUCUUUAUAACCUCUGGUUGUUGGAUAUUGGAGAGUACUAUUUGACUGCGUCAUUCGUCGUAGCUA